AUGUCUCGCUGGGGUGGUAAACUAACCGGCACCCCGCUGGCAGUACCCCUUAAGCCAGAUGUGUCUUCAGGGGUAGUUGAAGGUUCCGGAGUGGGUGCCUUUGCAGGUUUCGUCUCUGGAACUUUUGCUGUGAAUACGGUUUUGACCGGUUCAGCGACGUCGCCAGCGAUCCUUUGUCAUGUCGAGGAUGCAGCUGUACAGAGCUUCGCUUUGCGUGCGGCCUUCCCCAAGCAUAAAGGCUGUGUUUGCUUUCAUAGCUUCGAAAAAUUGGUCAGGUGUCAUAUCCAUGACCUUCUUGUUUCCCAUGGCGUCGAAGGUGGUCAACUUGUAUCGCUCGGCCUUAGGGUCCUCGCUACUGCAGAGGACCGCAACCAAAAUGAUUGUGAGAAUUAG